AUGACUGAUACGGAUUUUGUUUUGGAAGUCUCAGCUUUGGUCCCUGUGAGAGAUGAUGCCAAUUUCUGUUCUCUCGAUGAGAUGCUAACUGAUAAAGAUUCUGUCUUCUGUGUCAGCUGGGGUUCCAGAGUGCGAUGGAAGUCUCAUUAUGCUAACGAUAAAGAUUUUGUUUCUCUUUUGUUUGUAGGGAAGUCCCAGCUCGGUUCCCUGAGUGAGAUGUUGAGUGAUCCCACAAUGAGCAAGCUGUUGAUGGGCGGAGGGGGAGGAGCAGGUGGACUGGGGGCUGCAGGCCUGGGUGGCGGACUAGGAGGUUUAGGGGGUGGAAUCGGGGGCCUAGGAGGUGAGUCUUCUUUAAACUUGGGAUCUCUGAUGGAGAACCCAAUGCAAAUGUUGACAGAUCCCACAAUGAGGCAGUUGUUAACUUCCGGAGGCGGGGCGUCAGCAGGGGGUAUCGACCCAGCUACCUUGUCGGCUCUGAUAGACAUGCAGAGUGCACCUUUACUGGACACAAACAUGCUAACUCAGCUCAGCCAAUUAAACGACCUUAUUCCUCCAGCCCCCACUACCCCCAAACCAACCAAACCAGCUACAGUGAAACCAGUGUCAACCAUCAAUCUAUCAAUAGGAGGUUCCUCGGCUACUUUGGGAAAGGAACAAUCACUUGCAGACCUUAUCAAAAAACUUCAGUUGAAGAGAAAGAAGAAGGAAGCUGCCGAAGCUGCUGCAGCUGCCAUAGAAACCGUUCCUAAUGGCAACCUAGGAGCAGUGUUUUCAGAAACCCUCAAACCCAGUAACCUCAACCCUAACCUACCAGUGGCAAAAAUUCUGGAACUCGCUAAAGACGGAAUCGGUGUUGCUCCAAACCUUCAAAACAUGGUUUGCCCUACAAAACAGUGUCCCUUCCCUCUAGCGUGUGGUAAUCCGGUAAAAACUUACACACCCGAAACAUUCUUCGUAUGCCCGGAAUGUCCAAUGUGCCCCGGGGACAUUCUCAAAGGUGUUUCUGCCAGACUAGGGAAAGUUGUCAGGAUAGCAAAUGCAAAGAAAAAGAAGACCAAGGCAGCAACUUCUAAUAGGUAA